CGCCGUUCUACUAAUUAUGAGCAGGACUAUACCACUGGCGGAACGGUGUCCUUCUCUCCUGCGAAUGGUGAAUUCUACGUCUCUUGGGAUACCACGGAUGAUUUUGUUGUGGGUGUUGGCUGGAAUCCUGGAGAUACCGAACCCAUUACUCAUGCUGGUAGCUUCAGUGUUGAUUCUGGAUUUGCUAGCCUUUCUGUGUAUGGGUGGAGUACCAAUCCACUAGUUGAAUAUUAUAUAAUUGACGAAGAAGUAAACAUGGACCAGGGUGGUACCAAAAAGGGGACUGUGUAUAGUGACGGUGCCACAUACUCUAUUUGGGAGAAUGAGCGCGUUAACGAGCCGUCUAUUGAAGGCACCGCAACCUUCAAUCAGUGCAUCUCAAUCCGCGACUCCUCCCGAGUGAGUGGAACUAUCACUGUUGAAAACCAUUUCAAUGCCUGGAGGGAGCUUGGAAUGGACCUAGGAACUCUAAACUUACAGGUCGUCGCUGUUGAGAGUUGGAGUGGUAGUAGAAGUUGCUACCAGACAGUUACGAAGUAG